AUGUAUUCGGGACCCCCCCAGAGCAAGCCUCCGAUGCUAGUCUUUCGUCGUUGGUUUGAAACCACUGAUCACUUCCAACUGAGGCCUAACUUCAGCAAAGAGAUUGUGCGAUUGGCUAGAAGUCGGCCUAGUUCGGAGUUCUUGGCCCAGAAAGGAGUGAAACAAAUGACAAUCCAGUUGCUGCCUUUCUUCCAACAUAUUAUCGCCAAAUGUGGAUUUGAAGGCGUCUUUGUUGCUAUGCAUUCAUGUCCACAAGAAGCAAUUCGAGGUGCCUGGCUCUCCACUAGCACCGAUCUGAACAAACAUCUAGUCGUAAACAGAAAAAGCAAAGGGGAUGAUCUAGUUUUCCAACAUUUCCUGGCUCAUAGCUUACAGAAUACGUCGGCGGCAAACGUCACAGGAGCUGGUGAUUCUCCCGUCAGAUCCCUUCUUGCCUCCUUGACCGGUCAGGAAGAUAAGAAUGUGUUUCAUGAUCCGGAAGCCAUGUGUGAAGCUAUGCAGUAUUUCUCUCCGCUAGCAUAG